AUGGACCUCUUCUCCCUCCAAAACAGCACCGCCUUACGCGACCCCACGAACCUCACCACAAAAAACCAAAUCGAAUCCCUCGCCCGCAAAGCAACAAUCUACACCGCCGACCUCUCCUGCCGCGCCUCGAUCACCGCCCUGAUCCCGCGCAUCCUGGCCGACGGCCACGACAUCAACAUCCUGAUCAACUGCGCGGGCAUCCAACGCCGGCACGCCAGCCACCUCUUCCCCGACGCCGACUGGGACGCCGUCCUGCAGACCAACCUGAGCACGAUUUUCACGCUCUGCCGCGACGUCGGCCGGUACAUGCUGACCCGGGACCCGGACGCGCACGGCCAGCGCGGCGCAAUCAUCAACGUCGCCUCGCUGGUCUCCUUCCAGGGCGGGCUGACGGUGCCCGCCUACGCGGCCGCCAAGGGCGGGGUGGCGCAGCUGACUAAGGCGCUGAGCAACGAGUGGGCGGCGCGCGGGGUGCGCGUCAACGCCGUCGCGCCGGGGUAUGUGGCGACGGAGAUGAAUACCGCGCUGCUGAAUGACGCAGACCGCUCAAGAAGUAUUCUGGAUCGGAUCCCGGCGGGACGGUGGGCGAGCCCGGAGGAUUUCAAGGGGGUGACCGUUUGGCUGGCGGCGGGGCGGGCGAGUGGCUAUGUUUCGGGGAGUGUGGUCGUUGUGGAUGGCGGGUGGAUGGGGAGGUGAUAUCUAGAAAUC